CGGGCCCUGGCAGCCGGCCCCCACCCCAUGGAGGAGAGUUUCCUCGACUCGUUCGCGAGGCUCAGCCUCCGGCAGCGCCCGCAGCAGCGCCCGGCGCCCCCGCGCGGGACGCCUCCGCGCCGCCACGGCUUCCGGAAACACCUCUACCUCCUGCGCGGCCUCCCGGGCUCGGGAAAAACCACGCUGGCCAGGCAGUUGCAGCAUGACUUCCCCAGGGCCCUGGUUUUCAGCACAGAUGACUUUUUCUUCCGGGACGAUGGCAGCUAUGAGUUCAACCCUGACUUCCUGGAGGAAGCACACAAGUGGAACCAGAAAAGAGCAAGAAAAGCAAUGAGGAAUGGCAUAUCCCCCAUAAUUAUCGAUAAUACCAACCUCCACGCCUGGGAAAUGAAGCCCUAUGCCGUCAUGGCACUUGAAAAUAACUAUGAAGUUAUAUUCCGAGAACCUGACACUCGCUGGAAAUUCAACGUUGCAGAGUUAGCAAGAAGAAACAUUCACGGCGUCUCCAGAGAGAAAAUACAGCGCAUGAAAGAACGGUAUGAACAGUGCGUUACCUUUCACAGCGUGCUGCACGCAGAGAAGCCAGGCCGAGCGAACAGGAACCAGGACCGGGGCGCCACGUCCCCUUCCGACGUCGCAGGGCCCUGGCCCACCUACGUGGUGUGUCCCAGCGGGAAGCCCCGCAGCAGCGGCUUCGCCAGCGAGAGCUUCUUCAGCAGGAGAGGCGGAUGCCACCAUGGAUAUUAG